UCAGACGGAAGGACGCGCCCACACGCACACGCGCACGCUCACAACUUCAGCGCUACAACUUGAUGAAGUGUUCCUCUUAACUUUACAUUCAGCGCCGACCAGCCCCACAUGAACAAUAGCAUGACUCUGUCCAACAAGUGGUGGAUUUUGUGCGCCGUUUCGCUCUCCUUUGUCGCCCGCUUUGGGUCUUGCAGAAGACACAUAGAAGAUGGAGCUCAACCCGAGCUCUUCAUCUUCAAUGAGCUGUGCGCCCUGAAGGACGAGCCAGGGCCUUGCAAGGCCAUUAAGGACCGACUCUUCUUCAACGUCGACACGGGCCGCUGCGAGAGGUUUGAAUAUGGAGGCUGCGGGGGAAACGCCAAUAAUUUCGAGACCUUGGAGGCAUGUGAGGAAAUGUGCGUCGUCUCAGAUGACAAGAACCCGUGUCACCUAGCUGAAGCUCCUGGUCCCUGUCGAGGGCUGGUGACACGCUACUUUUUUGACAGCCAAAGUCAGCAUUGCAAACAUUUCUUUUACGGCGGCUGCUUCGGCAAUGCCAACAAUUUCAGGAGCAUGUCUGAGUGCCAGGUGAAAUGUCAGAACCCAGCAAAGCCCACCGAGGCACCAGAACUGCACACACUGUCUGCCAGAAAAUCCGGUGUUGUGCAGCCAACCAUGUUAACUGGGGAAUUGAUUGAACCUCAGGUGCAAGCAAAUGACACUAAUCAAGAGCCAAAAGCCUUGAACCCCUCCGAGCUGUGCUCCAGUCCCGUGGACAGCGGGACGUGUCAAGGUGCAGAGAAGAGGUUUGCAUUCAACCCCAAGACCAAGAGAUGCCAGAUGUUUCACUACAGCGGCUGCGGGGGAAACGAGAACAACUUUACACAGCGGAAAGACUGCAUCAGCAAGUGCAAGCCUCAUGGGAAGAGGAUGAUCCGAAUAAGGAAGAAAAACAUAAACAACAUUGCCAACCGCUCGGUCUGAACACUCGGCUCUGCAUCACAUCCUGCACUACUGUGGAGCCACCUUUAUUUAUGUCCAUAUGUUAUGUUCAGCUACACUCAUAUCUAUUGUUUUGUAGUGCUGCGGUACUUGUAUACAUGGGACUUAGUGUACGUGAUUUACCUUUGUAGUGACUGGAUGCAAUUAUCAUCCUUAUCCACAUUAUUAUCCAAUAUCACAUUGACAAAAAAACACAUUUGUUUUGCUGAUCGUAGCAGCUCUCCACACCGACGCUCUCUGUGUCGAUGCUUAUGUAUAAACAAUAUAUUAUGCUUUUUUUUUUUUUUUUAUUUUAUUUUAUUUUUUUACAGUUUCAGGGCUCUGUUAUUAUCACACUGAUAUAAACAUUUCACUGUAACUUUUAUGGGGAAACAUUAAAGCAAUAUUUUUUUUCAGUAACAAAAUGAAUGCUUCCAGUGCUAUACAGUAACUGAUGCUUCUCCACAAGAGUUUUGGUAGAGCUCCACUUGUGUCAAUCAAUGUGAACAACAGCAUUAGCUUGGUGGCAAUCCUGAUCGACCACAACAGUACACAGAAUGAUCAAGAUGACCAUGUCACAGCUAUAAAUCAAUGUGAACAAGGUAAUGACUGUUUUUCUUUUGUCGGAUUAAACAUGAACACCUUUUGUUUUUUAUUAUUUUUAAUCAAUUGUAUGCAGUUCAGUAAAUCACUGUUGCAGUCCUGCUGGCGUUGUUGGUAAGGAGAACCAGGGAGGGGCAGUGUUGUGUAAAGUACGUUUUCAAAGAGGUCGUCAGCACUCUGUUGGCUGCAUAGUAUUCUCUUUACUGUAUCUUUUUAUAACCAUGGUUGUAAAGAAUUGGACUGUACGAGUUUGUAUAAUAAACUUUGAUGAUUUUCUCUUUC